UGGAUGAUGAGGGUUGAUAUGAUCUUUACCAACACCUCAGAGGCAGGUGAGAAAGAUGAGGGGCGAUGAUCAGUUCCGCAGCAGGUCGGUAAGUGUGGCGCCCUGUGCUGGAUGAAGGAAGCGUGCUGGGCAGAGAGGCUUGGGGUCUCCCCAAGACUGAGCUGUUGUUGCGUUCAAGUGCAGCAGCAGUUGUGUCUCGUCUGUGGAAAAUAUCCGUGGACGACCUCUUUGCUGAAACUGCUUGCACAAUGCACACCCCCUCUCGCUAUGAGGCUUCCACACAGUUGUGUUACAGAAGUGUGGUGGGUGCACUGUUUCCUCGUCCAUGCUGAUAUCAACGUUAAAUGCUGUCAUCAACUCCUUUGUGUUUUC